CCAUUCAGCACUGUUUCUGGGACUUAGGACUACGUUAAGAUGCCUAUGUUUGAGACCUUUGAGGUCAACAGCUUUGAGCAGUUCUGUAUCAACUAUGCCAACGAGAAGCUGCAGCAGCAAUUCAACUCGCAUGUAUUCAAACUAGAGCAAGAAGAAUAUAUGAAGGAGCAGAUCCCCUGGACCUUGAUUGAUUUUUAUGAUAAUCAACCUUGUAUUGACCUCAUAGAAGCAAAGCUGGGCAUCUUGGACUUGUUGGAUGAAGAGUGUAAGGUUCCCAAAGGAACUGACCAGAAUUGGGCUCAGAAGCUCUAUGAUCGGCACUCUGGCAGCCAACACUUCCAGAAACCCCGCAUGUCCAACACGGCCUUCAUUGUCGUCCACUUUGCUGAUAAGGUGGAGUACCUUUCAGAUGGUUUUCUGGAGAAAAACAGAGACACGGUGUAUGAAGAGCAGAUCAACAUCCUGAAGGCCAGCAAGUUCCCACUAGUGGCUAACUUGUUUCACGAUGACAAGGACUCCGUUCCUGCCACCACUACAUCUGGGAAGGGCUCUUCUUCAAAGAUCAACAUUCGCUCCGCCAGACCCCCCCUGAAAGCAUCCAACAAGGAGCACAAGAAAACUGUGGGCCACCAGUUCCGUACCUCCCUGCAUCUGCUCAUGGAGACCCUGAAUGCCACAACACCACACUAUGUGCGCUGCAUCAAACCGAACGACGAGAAGCUCCCCUUCCACUUUGACCCAAAGAGAGCAGUGCAGCAACUCCGAGCGUGCGGGGUGUUGGAGACGAUCCGAAUCAGCGCGGCCGGCUACCCGUCCAGGUGGGCUUACCAUGACUUCUUCAACCGGUAUCGGGUGCUGGUCAAGAAGAGAGAGCUCGCCAACACAGACAGAAAGGCCAUCUGCAGGUCUGUCCUGGAGAACCUCAUCAAGGAUCCUGACAAGUUCCAGUUUGGCCGCACCAAGAUCUUCUUCCGGGCAGGCCAGGUGGCCUACCUAGAGAAGCUUCGGGCCGACAAGUUCCGGGCAGCUACCAUCAUGAUCCAGAAGACGGUCCGGGGCUGGCUACAGAAGGUGAAAUACCGCAGGUUGAAGGCUGCUACCUUAACUCUGCAGAGGUACUGCCGAGGACACCUGGCCCGCAGGCUGGCUGAGCAUCUGCGGAGGACCCGAGCAGCUGUUGUGUUCCAGAAGCAGUGCCGCAUGCGGAGGGCCCACCUGGCCUACCAGAGGGCCCGCAGGGCCGCCAUCGUCAUCCAGGCCUUCGCUCGGGGCAUGUUCGUGAGGAGAAUCUACCAGCAGGUCCUCAUGGAGCAUAAGGCCACCAUUCUCCAGAAGCACGUGCGGGGCUGGAUGGCACGCAGGCACUUUCGGCGACUGCGGGGGGCGGCUAUCGUCAUUCAGUGCGCCUUCCGGAUGCUCAAGGCCAAGCAGGAGCUGAAGGUCCUCAAGAUCGAGGCCCGCUCCGCAGAGCACCUGAAACGCCUCAACGUGGGCAUGGAGAACAAGGUGGUCCAGCUGCAGCGGAAAAUCGAUGACCAGAACAAAGAGUUCAAGACGCUGUCGGAGCAGCUGGUGGCGGUCACCUCCACACACGCCGUGGAGGUAGAGAAGCUGCAGAAGGAGCUGGCCCACUACCAGGAGGGCCACGGUGGGGACAGCAGCCUGAGGCUGCAGGAGGAGGUCGAGAGCCUGCGGGCUGAGCUGCACAAGGCCCACUCGGAGCGCAAGAUCCUGGAGGAUGCCCACACCAAGGAGAAGGAAGAGCUGAAAAAGCAAGUUGCAGUCCUGGAGCAAGAAAAUGCCCUCUUAAAAGAUGAGAAAGAACAGCUUAACAACCAAAUCCUGUGCCAAGCGAAAGAUGAAUUUGCCCAAAACUCCGUCAAGGAAAAUCUCGAGAUGAAGAAAGAGCUGGAGGAGGAGCGCUCCCGCUACCAGAACCUCGUGAAGGAAUAUUCGCGGCUGGAGCAGAGAUACGACAACCUUCGGGAUGAGCUGACCAUCAUCAAGCAGACCCCAGGCCACAGGCGGAACCCAUCAAACCAAAGUAGCUUAGAGUCUGACUCCAAUUACCCCUCCAUCUCCACAUCUGAGGUCGGAGACGCAGAGGAUGCCCUUCAACAGGUGGAGGACAUUGGCCUGGAAAAGGCGGCCAUGGACAUGACAGUCUUCCUGAAGCUGCAGAAGAGGGUGCGGGAGCUUGAGCAGGAGCGGAAGAAGCUGCAGGUGCAGCUGGAGAAGAGAGAGCAGCAGGACAGCAGGAAGGUGCAGGUGGAACAAGCAAAGAAUGACCUAGACUUGGACCAGGAUGCAGACCUAGCCUACAACAGUCUGAAGAGGCAAGAGCUAGAGUCAGAGAACAAGAAGCUGAAGAAUGACCUGAAUGAGCUGAGGAAAGCCGUGGCCGACCAAGCCACACAGAACAACUCCACCCACAGCUCCCCAGACAGCUACAGCCUGCUGCUGAACCAGCUCAAGCUGGCCAAUGAGGAGCUUGAGGUUCGCAAGGAGGAGGUGCUCAUCCUCAGGACCCAGAUCGUCAGUGCUGACCAGCGCCGACUCGCCGGCAAGAGCACGGAGCCGAACAUUAAUGCCAGAACAAGUUGGCCUAACAGUGAAAAGCACGUGGAUCAGGAGGACGCCAUCGAGGCCUAUCAUGGGGUCUGCCAGACAAACAGCAAGACUGAGGAUUGGGGAUAUUUGAAUGAAGAUGGAGAGCUCGGCUUGGCCUACCAAGGCCUAAAGCAAGUUGCCAGGCUGCUGGAGGCCCAGCUGCAGGCCCAGAGCCGCGAGCACGAGGAGGAGGUGGAGGGUCUCAAGGCGCAGGUGGAAGCCCUGAAGGAGGAGCUAGACAAGCAACAGCACACCUUCUGUCAGACGCUGCUCCUCUCCCCGGAGGCCCAGGUGGAGUUUGGUGUCCAGCAGGAGAUCUCCCGGCUGACCAACGAGAACCUGGACCUCAAAGAACUGGUAGAAAAGCUGGAAAAGAAUGAGAGGAAGCUCAAGAAGCAACUCAAGAUUUACAUGAAGAAGGUCCAGGACCUGGAAGCUGCCCAGGCGCUGGCCCAGAGUGAGCGGAGGCGCCAUGAGCUCAACAGGCAGGUCACUGUCCAGCGGAAGGAGAAGGACUUCCAGGGCAUGCUGGAGUACCACAAGGAAGACGAGGCCCUUCUCAUUCGGAACCUGGUGACAGAGCUGAAGCCACAGAUGCUGGCGGGCACCGUGCCCUGCCUUCCUGCUUACGUCCUCUACAUGUGCAUCAGGCACGCCGACUAUGUCAACGACGACCUCAAGGUGCACUCCUUGCUGACCUCCACCAUCAACGGCAUUAAGAAAGUCCUGAAGAAGCACAAUGAGGACUUCGAGAUGACCUCGUUCUGGUUAUCCAAUACCUGCCGCCUCCUGCAUUGUUUGAAGCAGUAUAGCGGGGAUGAGGGCUUCAUGACUCAGAAUACUGCCAAGCAGAACGAGCACUGUCUUAAGAACUUUGACCUCGCUGAAUACCGUCAGGUGCUGAGUGACCUUUCCAUUCAGAUCUACCAGCAACUCAUUAAAAUCGCCGAGGGUGUGUUGCAGCCUAUGAUAGUCUCCGCCAUGUUGGAAAAUGAGAGCAUUCAGGGUCUAUCUGGUGUGAAGCCAACGGGCUACCGGAAGCGCUCCUCCAGCAUGGUAGACGGGGACAACUCCUACUGCCUGGAAGCUGUCAUCCGCCAGAUGAACUCCUUCCACACGGUCAUGCGCGACCAGGGCCUGGACCCUGAGAUCAUCCUGCAGGUGUUCAAGCAGCUCUUCUACAUGAUCAAUGCGGUGACUCUCAACAACCUGCUCCUGCGGAAGGACGUCUGCUCUUGGAGCACAGGCAUGCAGCUCAGGUACAACAUAAGCCAACUUGAAGAGUGGCUUCGGGGAAGGAACCUUCACCAGAGCGGAGCCGUCCAGACCAUGGAACCCCUGAUCCAAGCAGCCCAGCUCCUGCAGUUAAAGAAGAAAACCCCGGAGGAUGCAGAGGCCAUCUGCUCCCUGUGCACCUCACUCAGCACGCAGCAGAUUGUCAAAAUUUUAAACCUUUAUACUCCCCUGAAUGAAUUUGAAGAACGGGUAACCGUGGCCUUUAUACGAACAAUCCAGGCGCAGCUACAAGAGCGGAAUGACCCUCAGCAGCUGCUGUUGGACUCCAAGCACAUGUUUCCCGUCUUGUUUCCAUUCAACCCGUCCUCGCUGACCAUGGACUCAAUCCACAUCCCAGCCUAUCUCAAUCUGGAGUUCCUCAACAAGGUCUGACAAGGCGCAGUCCCCCCUGUGGAGCCACAGGGGCUCAGUCCCUCCAUUGAAGCAGCCGUUGAGCUGUCAUUUCCAGUGACAGCAAGAAGGAAGCCUCUACCGUACAGUGAACUGAGGGGUCUGUUAAAUCUGUAAAAGACUGAGAGCCUGUGCAGAGGGUGCAGAGUGCUGAACUGUACGGAAUAAGACACAUCUGGCAUUAUUUUUUUGUACGUACUGCUCAGAAUAAAAACACUUGAAAUAUGGAA